AUGGCGGCUCAGGCUGCAAACGCUGAAGCUCAAGGGUUGGCAUCCAACUCUCGCCCCACGAAGCGCAGACGUCUCGAAGGAUCGACCCCUGUCACCUGUCCCUCCAUGCGCUUGAUUGCCCCUGCUCCACCUCCAUUGUUCCCAGUUAUUGCGUCUCAGCAAGAGCCUGUCGAGGGAGAAGACUUCUUAUGUCUAGAUCCUUAUACGGCGAUAGCAUCCGAUUCUCUUCGUAUGCUUGGGCCUGCACAUGACCCACAAGUUAUGCACCACUCGCCAUCUAUGCACCGCCUAGCACCCUUGGUUCUUCCACCCGGGCCCGUCAACUUCAUCCACGUGGAUCCAACCAACCGACAACGGUCUCCCCGCGAAAAGAGACCUCGCAGCAAGGCCGAGAUAGACAAGCAGAAAGCAGACUCCUCCGCUCUCAGAAAGGCUGGUGGUGCGUGUCUGUGGUGCAUGCGAUCUAGGAAGAGAUGUGUACCCCAGAGCCCAUGCAAUUUCUGCUAUACUAGCGAGCAACGUAUCUGCAUUCGAGAAGCGGAGCACCUGUAUCUGUUUGGAAAGCCUCCUGGGUCUCCGUUUCCAGCUACACAGUUGCCAUCCGUGGAAGGGCGCCUUACUUUGGAGGAGAUGGAACGCACGGCCUUCUCUGAGACGACAGAAUUCCAAGCGGUUUUGAGUGUCUGCCAAAAAGAUACUUUUCUUGAAUCCCGGGCUUGGAUUGUCACUAAAUCAAAAUGGGAUUUGAUGGAAAAUGAAGCUCUCGUUGAUUCAUUCAUCGACAUGGCUAUCAGCUGUCUUGAGUGCGCUGAAUUAUCUGAACUGGAAGCUUCAUACUCUAACCCACUGGUUCGGAAGGCACUCCAAAUGGCAAGGCUAUUCAUGACCACCCGAUGCAUGGUCAAAACUCGCAUCUUUGCACCAACAGCGGAUGUUGCGUCUGGAAGGCUCGUGAUGUUCUUUGUUUUAGUCCGCUGCGUGAGGCGACUAGCCGAGAUGUCUUGGGCAUUAUGCUUUUUGCUGUAUGAAUCCUUGCGUCACAAAGAUAUGGGGGAUUACAAGCCUAAGACCAACAAAGAUCUCGAUCCUGUCUGGGUCGCUACGGCACUCUACACUCGGACUGCGAACGGCUUAAACGCUCUGCGAGACAACCCAGUCAUUGAGAAGAUUCUUGGUCCUGGGUGUCAAAUAGACGUGAUUUGCCAGGUCAUUGGAAAUAUUUUGGAUCACACCUUUCCCCGGCAGAAGUACGUAAGCACGUCUCGAAUCAGGGGGACUUUUGAAGCGGCAAUCCCCCAACUGUCAUCUCCGUUCUCGUCUUUCGAUAUAGCCUUCUUGCAGGGACCAUCUGACAGGCAAGGGUCUUAUCUUCCCCCAGAAUCAUGCUAUCUGAUGACUACCUUCUUAAGUGCUGGGUUUCUUCCAUCUGAUUCGCCGCUUCCUUGGUCCUCAGAAGUUGCCGAGGCACUGAUGACAAUCAGGGCCUCGCCUGCGGCACCUAUAAGCACGACACAAGACGCCGAGAACGAUUCAUCUUUUGUAAACUUGGAUUCGACCAUCCCACUCGGUAUGCUCCAGGAUGCUGAUCAAACUCUUGGUGUUGAUACACUUUGGCGUUCAGGCUCUUUGGAAACCUUUGGAAGUACGGACUCAACUGAGACCCUUGCCGAAUUGCCCGAUACUGUACCCGGGGACUGGGCUUUGACUGAUCCGACUGUUGCAGUUACUGCUGUGAUCAUGAUGCGGACACUGAAGGGUGUUGCUGUAUCACUGAAUGUUCUCUUGGCAAGUGUUAUUGCCCAUACGGUCGAAGCCCAUGUUAAGCUUGUUUGUCUUUUUCUGUUCUUUUUGCCCUACUUCUAUACACCUUGGUAG